AUGUUCCUGCAUCUUCUAUUCGUCUUUCUUUUGCUGAACAAGUGCAAAUGUUCGACCGAUGUUCAAUGGUAUCGCGAUGAGUUGACUAUAAAAGUAGUACCAGGUUAUCAAGCUGCCUAUCGAAUGCUAAACGAUGAUAUUAUUCAACCUAUUCUGAAUUUUAAUGCGACUUUUAGUGAUACAGAAGAUAUUAACACAAUAAUAGUGCAUCCCGAACAUGAUGAACAUAAUGCAACAACCUAUUUAACGGAAGAAGUUUCUGAAGAAAAUAUCACAGUCCAACAAAAUCCGUAUGACACGGCAAUGAUUGAAAACAUCAAUAAUGAUGACAAGGUUGAAAUAGAACAAGCUACUGAGGAAACAACACAGAAUGCAUCAUUACACAAUGAUAACCUCGUGGCUGAUGCAGAUAUUCAUCUGAUAACCGAAAUUGAAUUGAAAGAAGCUGAAACAACUCCGAAGAGCCAUUUUGAUGAUUGGACAUUACUUUCACAAGAAUCAUCGGAUAAUGAGACACAUGAAUCAUUGGAUACAAUCGAACACUUGAACGAAAAAAUCAUAGUCGAUCAUCUUCAAGUUGAAGAUUUAAAUAGUACACUUAUUCUAGUUACUGUUGAUAAAAAAGUAGCUGAAGAUGCUAUUUUUGAGUUGAACCGAUUCACGAGUGAAGACAAUCGACUUAAAGUCCUCGUUGAUAAAAUACGUAUCGCUGCCAACGGCGUCUACACGAAUCUUAAAAAUGCCUCGUCCGAAUGCGAGCAAUUGCGUACCAAGCUGAACGAAGGCAUUGCUACUGCAGUAAUCGUCGUAUCUAAACAAGAAGCACUAUGCCGCGAGGCGGACACAACAAUUAAACAACUUACGUCGGAUAUCCAAAACCAAGAGCAACAGGUCGCAUUUGCCCAGCAAGUUGUGAACGAGCGACAAGAUGCUGUUGCAACAGCUGAGCGUGAAUUGCGUGAUGCUGAAGAUCGUGUUGAGAAAGCACGUCUGUGUCGUGGCAAGCGUCUGAUUGGUGGAUGGUGGCGAAAAAAUGUUGAAAAGCCGGUCGUUCAGGCCGUACAACAUGUGGUCGUUAAACCGGUGUGCAGCGUUGUCAACAUGGGAGGCAUCGAUGCGGCCAAAGAUGCACGAUCAUCGGCACAAAGGAUGCUUGGCGAAGCUCGACAACGACUAUCCAAUGAACAACAACAACUCUCUCAGAAGCGUGCAGAGUUGUCUGACGCACAAGUAAGACGAAAUGUAGCAGAGGAACGUCGACAAGCUCUAGCUCUCACACUUUCGGAGCUUCAGAAAAAAUACGAAGUUAUAUCCUCUUUCACACAACAAUUUUUGGAUGUGUCCACGCAUUUAACGGUCGUGCGCGGCAAUUCGCAAACUCUCAACAUAGAGAUCAAGCGUCUUCUCGAUUUCGAACUGGUCAUCCAACCACUGAACUCACUCGCGCAAAAAAUGAUCCAAGAUGAACUGAUGCCUAAGUUUGGAUUUGAAAUAUCGGCAAGCACUAUCGCUACAAUCGAUCAUAUUUUGGAUCGACUGGGCAAAAGACUCAUGCAUUUCCCUCUUCUAACUAAUGAGAAUACAAUUACCUCCACAAUCGUCGAUGAAUUUUGA